UAUCUUUGCUGAUAGGUUUUCUGAAUGCUUUAGCAAUGGUGUGGCAUUUGGUGUGUUUACAGCAUUUUCAAAUGUAUCAAGUGAUAUAACAUCUCAGAGCAGAGCUGUCUUGAGUGAUAUCUUAGAUGAUACAACACAGGAUUUUGUGAGUUAUGACAAUGCAUUUCAGUAUAUGAUGCAAUUUCCACUGUUGAAGAUGCAGCAUUACCAACUAAUUGUGACAAAAUUGCACAGCACAUUAGAAAUUUCUGAGGCAAACAUAGAGGAAUGUGCAAGACUACAUGAAGAGGCUGAACGAUGGGAACAAUUUAUCACUGAGGAUGAAAAUAGGCAAGCAGAAGCUGAGCGUACUCAUAAGUUUUGGUGUGAUUGCCCUACCAAAGUCUCUGAGAUUUUCAAGCAUCCUCACAGACGGCUGUUGAGAAGCAGCAAUGUACACAGUCUUUUUCCAGCAAAAGGGACAAGGUUUUCAACACCACUUUAUGUUUUAUUUGAUGACUUCUUUGUCUACUAUCAGUCCUCCAAGAACUUUCAAGCCUUUCUGCUGACCACUGUGUGGGCUGAAGGCAUUGAUAACACAGAAGGAGUCAAGAAUGGCAUUAAAAUAACAACACCAGAAGAGAUUUUGCUCGUUUGUGCUCCAUCAACAGUUGAUAAAGCUGAUUGGUUGAUAACUAUCAAUCAAGCAAUUGCCAAUGUGAUUUCCAAGACAACAACAUACAGACUUGGAUUAGAGUCUCUCAAUAAAGCAACAGGAAGUCUAGCACCAGCUGCGGCUCGAGAAGCUUCUUACACAUAUGAGCAUGACUCUGUUUACCAAGGAGCUACUUUUCAUGGAAUGUGGCUACAGGGAAAGCCUCAUGGACAUGGUGAAAUGCAUUGGAAGGAUGGUCGACACUACACAGGAGAAUUUAAACAUGGUGUACAGCAUGGGUGAGUGGAUUUUAUUAACAGAAUAUUUAAGAAUAAUUUAAUACCAGCUGGUUGUUCCUUCGUCUCUUGGAGCUAGUUAGUGAACAUUAAGGAGUUGAAGACAUGGUGGACUGAACUUGGAGAACCUUGUGUUGUAGUGAACACAUGGUAAAUACCUGCAGUUCUUCAUUGCAACAUAGAGGACAAUGUGGCUUUCCAUUUUUUUGAGCAAAAGUGGUCACUUGUGGGAAAUCUCAGUUCAAAAUUGUCAGGUCACGUAUCAAUCAAUCAAUCCUGACCACCUAUCCAAGUGUCAAGUCAUCUAGCUGGCCACAGGUGAUUUACUAAUUGAGAACACUUGGCCUUUCUUGUAUUUGCUAAUUAAGAAAGAGUAUCAAAAACCUUAAAUUUAAAUCUUUUUAGAUCCGAUACGCUGCGUUUUUUAAGCAUGGUAC